UUGCUAGAAAAUAGUCGAAAAUACCGAAAACAGAACAGAGAAAAGAUAAAUGAAGCUAAGCGAAAUUAUCAUCAAAUAAAUAAAAAUAAAUUAGAAUAUAAAACUAAAAAAAGUCAAUAUAUGAAGGUUUACAGCCAAGUAAAUAAGGAAAAUAUCCGGAAAAAGCAGAAAAUGUAUAAACAAAAUAAUAGAGAAAAGUUGAAUGAAUGGGCGCGAAAAUGCCGACAGGAAAAGAAAAAUCAAUCUAAUAAUAAUGAAGGAACAUCAUUUGUUAAUCCACAGACUGGUGAUUUUGAUAAUAAAGGUAAUUUACUAAUUGUUUGUGAGGAACCAGUAAACCUUUUUAAUCAAGGAGAGCAAGAAUGCAUUAAUGGCGAGGAAGAACAAAAUCAAAUCGAGGUAAAAGAGCCCAUUAAAAUUCUUGAAGAUGACACAAAUUUAAUUGAUUCAAAUAAAAAAAUUCGUCCUUUUGAUCUAAACGAGUAUCCUGAGGAUGAUGAAUCGGAAGAUUAA